AUGGAGCUCGCUAUCGCUGCAGCCGGCACUGCCGCAACAACUGCUGGCCUGGCAUAUCUGGAUGCCAAGUUCCACGUGAGCGAGGAUCUCAAAUCAAUUCUUGCCCGCCGGAAACUUCUGAAGUACUUCGAAGAAGGAGUCAAGUCCAACAAGUUGUCACCGUACUACUUGUUUGAAGACGUCAUCAGGCAAAAGCCCAAUGCAGAGGCAAUCUGGACUCGGGAGGGUUCCUUGACUUGGCAGCAGCUUUAUGAUGGCACGAACCGGUUCGCCCAAUGGUUCCUGGCCCAGGGAGUCAGGAACAGGGAUUUUGUUGCGCUUUUCAUGGGCAACUCCCCCGAAUUCAUCAUGGUGUGGCUGGCUCUGGCUUCCAUCGGAGCGGCGCCAGCCAUGAUAAAUCACAACCUGGCGUCGAAGCCACUGCUGCACUGUUUAAAGAUCAGCACCGCCAAACUCAUCUUGGUAGACGUCCCACCGCAAACAGAGAAGAGCAUAUCUGAUAUUCAAGAGGAUUUAAACACGGAGGGCUUUACGGUCUUGCGACUCGAUGAAUACCGUCAACAAAUUGCAGGGCUGGAGCCCACGCGACCUGGAGAGGAACACCGAAAGAAUAUCAAGCCAGAUUGGGCCUGCGGCCUGUUCUACACAAGCGGCACGACAGGAAUGCCCAAAGCCUGCGUAUUGCCAGUGGCACCAGUGUACAUCAACGGCUGCACCACCAAAGCUGGGAUCAGCUACCUCGCCAGCUCUGACAAGGAGGCUAAUGCAAACAUACGGUUUUAUGACUGCAUGCCUUACUAUCACGGCACCGGAGGCAUCACCAUGAUGAGCCAGAUCCUGGGCGGGACGACUAUAUGUGUUGCCCCUAAGUUCAGCGUUUCUAGGUUCUGGGAAGACGUUCGAGAGUCUCGCGCAAACGCUUUUGUAUACGUCGGCGAGACGUUGCGGUACCUGCUAGCACAGCCACCUUCACCGCGUGACAAGGAGCACAACAUCAAGGUAAUCUACGGAAAUGGACUCAGGCCAGACGUCUGGAAGCGUUUCCGCGAUCGCUUCGGUAUCGAGUGCAUUCACGAGUUCUUCAACAGUACCGAAGGCGUUUUCCCGCUGGACAAUCACUGCAGGGGCGACUUCCUAGCUCACGCAGUGGGCCACCACGGGCUUAUUCUGAGAUGGAAAUACCACCACCUAUACGUGCCGGUCGCAAUCGACACAGAGACGGGCGACAUAGCCAGACAUCCAAAGACGGGCUUCGCCUACCGCGUGCCGUACGACAGUGGUGGCGAGAUUCUCAUCCGCGUCCCAGGAGAGAGGGCCUUCCCAGGGUACUUUAACAACCCCGAAGCCACUGAGAAGAAAUUCGUGCGUGACGUUUUCGUCACGGGCGACACCUACUACCGGACCGGCGAUGCUUUGCGCCGUGACAACGACGGCAGGUGGUACUUUAUGGACAGGCUUGGAGAUACUUUCCGCUGGAAGGGCGAAAACGUUUCCACCGCCGAAGUGAGCGAAGUGCUCGGCAGCUUCCCGGGAGUUGUGGAGGCCAACGUCUACGGCGUGCAACUGCCCAACCACGACGGCAGGGCAGGCGCCGCGGCCAUCUACAUCGAGCCUGAGAAGAGGGCGUCAUUUGACACGGCAGCCUUCCUGGCGCACGCGAGAAAGCACCUCCCCAAGUACGCGGUGCCCAUCUUCCUGCGAUACAUUGCAGAAAUCUCGGCUUCGCACAACAACAAACAGAACAAGCAGCCGCUCAAGGCCGAGGGUGUGGAUCCAGACAAGGUCAAGGCUGGCGACGAGAUGUGGUGGAUAGAGGACGGUGGGAAGGGUAACAGAUAUGUGCCUUUUACCCGGGAGGACUGGAACGCGCUGGGAGCGGGCAAGGCGAAGCUGUAG